ACGACACGGGUGUGAAGUUGGCUCUCCCAUUGCUAAUUUCAGGUGUGUGUUCAUGUUCACCCCUAAUACGAUUUUCUUUUUUGCAUGCCCAGAAACAAAUAUACGAAUUAAACGUGUCUCGCAGAGGGCCCCUGUAAUCCGAAUUAGUAUUGUUGACCUGAAACAGCUGACACCGGCGCGAUGGCCGACUGGGACACGGUAACAGUGCUGAAGAAACGAGCCCCAAAGGCAUCAACUAUGAAAAGUGAGCAGGCAGUGAAUGCAGCAAGAAGACAGGGGGCUCAAGUUGAGACCCAGCAGAAAUGGGGUGCUGGCAGCAACAAGCAACAUGUUGCAACGAAAAACACUGCAAAAUUGGAUAGGGAGACGGAGGAGUUGCGACACGAGCCGAUCUCCUUGGACGUUGGCAAACUGAUUCAGCAAGGAAGACAGUCAAAGAAUAUGAGUCAGAAGGAGCUGGCUACGAAGAUCAAUGAGAAGCCGCAGGUUAUCACCGAUUACGAAGCGGGCCGCGGUAUUCCGAAUAACAUAAUCCUCGGUAAAAUCGAGCGCGCGAUCGGCUUAAAGCUUCGGGGCAAAGAUCGCGGCAAACCGAUCGCUCCCCCUGGGAGCAAAAAGUAGAGAUCUCUCGGGGGGACGAAGUCAUUCACCAAAUCCUCUCUCUAAUAUGUACAAUAUUGUUUUUAUUUUCAAAAACGAACACAUUUCUCUUUUGGUGUAUCGCCAGAAGAGAGAGAUUACUUAUUUAUUCUUCGUUGUCCUCCGCCGUUUGUUUGAAACGGCGAGGGCAAUACAUGUGAUGCAUUUAAAUAUAGUUUGUUUAUUACGCGAAAAUGUUUAUAUAUAAGUUUUGACCUGAAAGAGCGCUUUAUAAGAUGUUUCCGUUUAUUUUAGUAUUUUAUAUAUAUAUUUAUAUUGUCGCCCAUUCCAGAUUUAUUCGUUUUGAUUCAUAUUUGACAAGAAUAAAUGUUUAUAAGCACAACACAAGCAUCGUAAUGCUAAAUUAGUAUAAGUUACAUUUAAGAAAAUAAUGUACAUUAUACAAAAAAUCUUAGGAUUAGAUCAAAGAUUAAAUAUAAU